CAAUAUUCUGAAAAUAGACGUUGAGCGAUACGCAUCAAGCGAUUACUUCAACUAGCGAUCUUUUACUCCACUCUGUGGAUUACUUUGAGCAUUUUACUUUUGAACUAAGACUCUUGCAUACGCAAAUAAGUGUUAGCGAUCAUUGAGUGAAUAGUUUCUUUUUGAGUUCUUAAUUUGUGAAAAGAAUUCUGAAGGAAAAAAUCAAGAUGCCGGAAGACGUUGUAAUGGACACACAAGAAAGCGGCGUGGAGACCUUUGCCUUCCAGGCUGAGAUUGCUCAGCUUAUGAGCCUUAUUAUAAACACCUUCUAUUCCAACAAAGAAAUCUUCAUUCGAGAACUCAUCUCCAACUCAUCUGAUGCCUUGGACAAAAUCCGCUAUGAAUCUCUCACUGAUCCAUCCAAACUCGACUCUUGCAAGGAUCUGUCCAUCAAGAUCAUUCCUAAUAAAAAUGAUCGUACUCUCACCUUUAUUGACUCCGGUAUUGGUAUGACAAAAGCUGAUCUAGUCAACAACUUGGGUACCAUUGCUAAAUCUGGUACCAAGGCUUUUAUGGAAGCUCUACAAGCUGGAGCUGAUAUUUCGAUGAUUGGGCAAUUUGGAGUUGGUUUCUAUUCAGCUUAUCUUGUUGCUGAUAAAGUCACUGUCAUCUCAAAACAUAAUGAUGAUGAACAAUACAUCUGGGAGUCAUCGGCUGGAGGAUCUUUCACAAUUCGUCCAGACAAGGGUGAACCCUUGGGCCGUGGUACAAAGAUUAUCCUGCAUAUCAAGGAAGAUCAGGCUGAAUAUAUGGAGGAAUCAAAGAUCAAGGAGAUUGUAAAGAAACAUUCCCAGUUCAUUGGCUAUCCCAUUAAACUGCUCCUUGAAAAGGAAAGGGAUAAGGAACUCAGCGAAGAUGAAGAUGAAGAUGAGAAAAAGGAUGAAGACAAGGAAGAGGACAAGGAGAAGCCGAAAAUUGAAGAUGUUGGCGAGGAUGAAGAUGAGGAGAAGCCUAAAGAAGAAAAAAAGAAGAAGAAGACUGUUAAAGAAAAGUACACAGAUGAGGAAGAGCUCAACAAGACUAAGCCUAUCUGGACCAGAAAUCCUGAUGAUAUCACACAGGAAGAGUAUGGUGAAUUCUACAAGAGUUUGACAAAUGACUGGGAAGAUCACCUUGCUGUCAAACACUUCUCAGUUGAAGGUCAACUUGAGUUUCGUGCUCUUCUUUUUGUCCCUCGCCGUGCACCUUUUGAUCUCUUUGAAAGCAAGAAGCGAAAGAACAACAUCAAGCUCUAUGUACGGAGAGUCUUCAUUAUGGACAACUGUGAAGAUCUUAUCCCCGAAUACUUGAAUUUCAUCCGAGGUGUAGUAGACAGUGAAGAUCUUCCACUUAACAUCUCUCGUGAGAUGCUCCAACAAAACAAGAUUCUCAAAGUCAUUAGGAAGAAUCUUGUCAAGAAAUGCUUGGAACUCUUCGAAGAGCUUGCAGAAGACAAGGAGAACUAUAAGAAGUGUUACGAACAGUUCAGUAAGAACCUCAAGCUGGGUAUCCACGAGGAUAGCACCAACAGGAAGAAGCUCUCUGAACUCUUACGCUACCACACGUCUGCAUCUGGUGAUGAGCAGUGCUCUCUGAAGGAUUAUGUUGGACGUAUGAAGGAGAACCAGAAGCAUAUUUACUACAUCACUGGUGAGAGCAAAGAGCAAGUAGCUAACAGCGCCUUUGUGGAGAGGGUGAGGAAGCGUGGCUUCGAGGUUGUCUACAUGACAGAGCCUAUCGAUGAGUACGUAGUUCAACAACUCAAGGAGUUUGAUGGAAAACAGCUAGUCUCUGUCACAAAGGAGGGUCUUGAGUUACCAGUAGAUGAAGAUGAGAAGAAAAAGAUGGAGGAGGACAAGGCUAAAUUCGAGAACCUCUGCAAAGUCAUGAAGGAUAUCCUUGACAAGAGGGUAGAGAAGGUAGUUGUAUCCAAUAGGUUGGUUGAUUCUCCAUGCUGCAUCGUUACCUCGCAAUAUGGCUGGACUGCCAACAUGGAAAGGAUCAUGAAAGCUCAAGCUCUUCGGGACACUUCCACCAUGGGCUACAUGGCAGCAAAGAAACAUCUGGAAAUCAACCCAGAUCAUUCCAUUAUGGAAAAUCUUCGAGUAAAGGCUGAAGCUGACAAGCAUGACAAAUCUGUCAAGGACUUGGUCAUGCUUCUGUUCGAGACUGCUUUGCUCUCAUCUGGAUUCUCUUUGGAAGAUCCAGGUGUACAUGCAUCCAGAAUCCACAGGAUGAUCAAACUGGGUCUUGGGCUCGACGACGAGGAGAUGACUGUUGAAGAAGAAAAAACCGAAAAUGAAGUCCCUCUAAUCGAUGGUGAUGCAGAAGAAGCAUCAAGGAUGGAGGAAGUUGACUAAAUAUCAACGACUUUGUGAUGACGAUCAAGGUCCAAAGACUUUUACACUAGAUAUAGAGAAAGACUGUUAAUAAAUUUACCAGAGUAUUAAAUCUUAACAAGACGCAAUUGGAUGUUGAAUGCUAAUCGUGGAAAGAUGAUUGUGUGCGAAUUUUACGAAACUUGUUAUUUAUUUUAAAUAAAUACUGUGUGUUUGUAUGAAGGUUUCGCAAAUUUCAUCAUUCAAUUGUGUCCAUCAUACUCUUAUAUUUUAUAAAAUCGACAUCAUUUCUUCUUUAUUCUAACUACUUAAAAAACGAAAUUUUUUUUUCUUACAUUUUUUACUCGAAUUUUUCAUUUAACAGAUCAAACUUUCAUUUGAUAUUUUUUAUCAUUCCGUCGUACUCUCAUUUUAAGUAACAUCUCGAUAUUUAUGUAAGUAUGAUUAAUGUAAGUCAAAAAAUUGCGUGACCGAAUAAAUUAAGCCAAUUUAAA